AUGAGCAUUCCAUCUGAAUCCAGUUACUUGACUUGUCCACAUUUUAAAAGUAGAAUAUCAGAUGUUAGCGCUGAUACUACUACUCUUAUAAAUAAUAGUAGUGAAAUAGAUCAAACUGGCAUAUUUCAUCCUAAAAUUGGAGGAGAAUUUUGCACUACAAUUCCUCGUUGUUCAGCAAAAUUUAUACACAAUAAUCAAAAAGGCAUUAACAGUAAGAGAAUACUUCAGUACAGAAAUUCUUUAGUAUUUCAUUAUGAGCAUGAAAACGAUGUUGAUAACAAUAAUAAUGCUGUUUGUUUAAAUGAACUCCGAUUGAAUUCUAUGUUCAAUAAAAGUCAAGUUUGUUGCAGUGAAUCUGAUAUUAAUAAUAAUAAUAAUAAUUCGUAUGAAUAUUUUAAAUUCCCAUGCCAUCAUCACUUACUAUACUGUAAUCAAUUUAUCAAUAACAAUAUUAAUAAGAAUUGUGAUAAUAAUAAUAAUAAUUACUAA